CCGUUCCGUUCCUUGUUCUCUCACAGCCGCACGCCGCACCCUUUCCCUGUUCUCUCACAGCCACACCCUUAUCACAGCCGCACGCCGCCUCUUCCAGUUCUUCCUCAAGACCUGUAUAUCUGCAACUCCUGGGUAACAAGAAUUUUAGUCAUGGCACCUGGUCGUCGCACCACUCGAUCUACUGCUCAAAGUCAACAAGUUGAACUAGUCAUUGAUCCUCCUGCUCCACCUUCACAAGUUGUUCGCACUACUCGGUCGAGUAUAGAGAAUCAACAAGUUGAACCAGUCAUUGAUCCUCCUGCUCCACCUACACAAGUUAUUCGCACUACUCGGUCGAGUUUAGAGAAUCAACAAGUUUGUCGCACCACUCGAUCUACGGUACUCAGUCAACGACCUAGAACCACCGCACAAUAUAAUGUAGAGAGAGAACACCCUCAAGGCUCCACACACCCUACUGUACAGGGUGAACAAGUUAAUGUGACGACCCAUUUUGAUACCGAAGAUGAUAAUCAAUCUUCCCAAGUUCCAUCAGGACAAACAUCUUCCUUUAAGCCACGUGUAGUUACUUGCGGCUUGACAACUACAACUAUAGCUAAGGCAUCAUCAACUAGAAAGUUGUCAGUGACUUUUAAUGCGGAGUGUCGUCAACCAAUUUGUACUAAUGCUGAGAAAUUUAAUAAUGAGAUUGGAUUCAUUAUUCGGAAUCAUGGUACAUUUCAUUAUAAAGAGUGGAUAAUGGUCCCAGAAGAUGUGAGAGCUCCAUUGCGACACUAUCUUUCGGAACAUUUUGACAUCAACUUGAAUGAUGAGACAACUAAAAAAUGCAUUGAUGAGCAAAUGAGAAAAGCUUGGAAGGGUCAUAAGUACAAGCUGCACUUAUAUUUCAAAGAAAUUGGAGGAGAAAAUGAUCUUGAGAUGGCCAAGAGCAAACGUCAUCUAGACUUAAAGAAGAACAUCAAGAAGAUUGGAUGAUUUUGUAUGAUCGUUGGUGUUCUUCUGAAUUUAAGGUAACAUUUUUUAUCAUAAUAUUGCUAUUAUGAUAGGAACAAGAGACCCGACAUACUAUUUACAUAUUACUAUUGUUCUUAACAUCUAGCUUUUUGCUAUUUACUAUUCACAUGAUGAUUUGAUGUUUUUAUGUUAAAUUUUCUAUUUUGAAAACAAUUUUAACUUUUUAAUUAAUUACAUAAGUUUUACUUUUAUUUGUGAUUUUCUUUGAACUAUUUCAAUUAUGUAA